AUGAGACAUGCAUACCUUGGCCUAGUGCUCUUGCUGGCGAGCUUGAUCCUCUUGCAUCUCUUCGCUGCGCCUUACACCAAGGUAGAGGAAUCGUUUCAUGUUCAAGCGACGCACGACAUCCUCGCACAUGGACUGCCUUAUGGUGAUUCCAUCGAGCACGGUCAUUAUGAUCACUUCGACUUUCCGGGUGCCGUGCCGAGGACUGCGGUGGGAGCGACUAUACUCGCUGGCUUAAUGCCCAUGUCAAUUGCGACGUGGACGGGAGUGAACCAACAAAUAUGUAUUCGAGCUCUCCUCGGCUUAUACAAUGCCCUUGCUCUGGGGAUCUUUGCCCGGGGCUUGCGGAACAGCUUCGGCCAGACAGUGGCUGUUUGGUACUUGCUGUUUCAAUGCAGUCAAUUUCACCUGAUCUACUACGCCUCAAGGCCACUGUCGAACAUGUUCGCCUUUGGGUUGACCACCCUAGCCAUGCGAUACCUCUUACCCGACUCAAUAGCACAGCCUGGAUCGGCGCACUCUCGCCACGUGGGCGUGAGAUUGGCCCUCUGUCUCUUGACCGUGGCCGGGGUGAUAUUCCGCGCUGAGAUUGCCCUUCUCCUCGCAUUCACCACUCUGUCUCUACUGACCGUGCAUGGGAAAGAAGUGCUGGUGGAUGUGGUUGUUGCCGGAGUCGUGGGACUACUUGGCGGGCUUCUUUCCACCGUCGGCAUUGACACGAUCUUCUGGAAAAAAUGGGUUUGGCCUGAACUGAAUGCUUUUGUGUUCAACGUUGUCGAAGGCCAGUCCUCUGCCUGGGGCACCGAGCCCUUUUGGUUCUAUUUCACCAACGCAUUGCCUCGACUUCUUUUGAACCCGCUGGUCUAUCUGAUUGCGAUUCCAGUGGCGCUGCAGAAUCCCGCACUUAGACGGCCAAUGCUACCUCUACUGGCACCAUCAGUGUUGUUCGUUGCAUUGUACAGUGCGCAGCCACACAAGGAAUGGCGCUUCAUUCUCUACGUUGUCCCUGUUCUCACUGCUACAGCCGCUCUGGGAGCAGCAUACCUUUGGCGCCGGCGCGAUCGGUCUUUCUUCGCUCGCCUUGCAUGUCAAAUGCUAGCGGUUUCCACCAUGGCAUCAUUCGCCCUGUCGACUUUCGUGUUGUUGCCAGCCUCGGCGGCCAAUUACCCCGGCGCGCAUGCUCUAAAUGCUCUCCACGCAUACCAUGACCGGGCCUCCUCGUCCACCGAUCCCGGUGCAUAUGUCUACCUUGGUAACCUAGCCUGCCAGACAGGAAUCACUCGAUUCCUCCAGCGACCAACGACACAGGGCUGGGUCUACGACAAGACAGAAGACGAAGCCACCAAAUCCCACUCGGCGGGACUCGGAGAGCCGUUUUGGGACCAAUUCGACUACGUCGUCGUGGAGGCAUCCGACGAUCCAGAAUACCAGGACCCCGAUGAAAGCAUGUUGAUGCAAGCGCUCCCAUCCUCGCGCUGGCAAAUCGCCGACGUGAUUGAUGGCUUCACCGGCAUAUCUAUCUUGAAACCGGGCUCUCCCGCAACUGCGCAGGUAGAACGGCGCAUUUUGUCCCUUAUGGGCGUUGAGUCUCUGUAUGAUUCCUAUGUGCUUGCCCGGGAUGUGGUCAGAGAGCUUGUUCUGCGUGGUUGGUGGGUCGAGCUGAAGAUGAGGCCGAGGAUUAAGGUCCUGAACCGGAUUCGUGAUGACAAGUGA